AUGAGCGCGCUUUUAGAGACCUCCCUGGGCGAUAUUGUAAUUGACCUGUUGGUCGAUGAUGCACCCAAGGCGUGUGACAACUUCUUGAAGCUAUGCAAGCUCAAGUACUACAAUUUCUCGCCCAUCCACAGCGUCCAAAAAAACUUCACCUUCCAGACCGGUGACCCGCUCGGUCCUGACGCACCCGAGAGCGAUGGAGGAUCUUCAGUCUGGGGUCUGCUGGACGGACCGUCGAAAAGAACAUUUCCGCUCCAGGUGUCGCGCAAGUUGAAACACUUGGAACGCGGUACGGUGAGCAUGGCCACGGUACCGGCCAAGAACGAUCCCGACCAACGGAUAGCUGCCAGUCAAUUCAUCAUUACACUUGGAGACAACCUAGAUUAUUUAGAUGGCAAGGCCGUGAUUUUCGGCCAGGUCGUCGAGGGCUUCGAUGUCCUGGAGAAAAUCAAUGAAUCCUUUAUUGACGACCGAGGUCGACCGUUGAAAGAUAUUCGCAUUCGUCACACUACCGUCCUUGACGAUCCCUUCGAUGACCCGCCGAAUCUGGUUGAACCACCUGAAAGCCCGGUGCCCUCCAAAGCACAAUUGGCCACGGUCAGGAUCGCGGACGAUGAGGACUUGGAUGAUGAUAUGGAUGAAGAGGCUAUGGACAAGCUGCGUCGUGAGCGUGAGGCUCGUGCGCAGGCCCUGACAUUGGAAAUGGUGGGAGAUCUACCGUUCGCCGACGUCAAGCCACCAGAGAAUAUUCUUUUUGUUUGCAAGCUCAAUCCGGUCACACAAGAUGAGGAUCUAAAUCUUAUUUUCAGCCGCUUUGGAACGAUCUUAUCUUGCGAGGUUAUUCGGGACAAGCGCACCGGUGACAGUCUACAAUAUGCGUUCAUUGAAUUCGAGGAACAAAAGGACUGUGAACAGGCCUAUUUCAAGAUGCAGGGUGUCUUAAUCGAUGAUCACCGGAUACAUGUGGAUUUCUCACAGAGUGUAUCCAAGUUAUCCGAAAGCUGGCGCAAUUCCACCGUCACUAAGCGCCGAGAGAGGGGUGGAUUUGGUGGUGUUGCAGAUCUUGAAGCGAAACGCCAGUACCGAGAGCUGGACGAUGCGCCUGUCGAUGAGGAUGAUGCUAGGUAUCGGAUGAUGUUUGACAAGAACAAGAAUAGGGGCGCUCCGGCUCCACCCCGUGAGGCUCCACGGGAAGCUCCGUCAGAUCGCACUCGUGUUCGUCGAGAUCGAGGGAGUCGAAGCCCCCGUCGGGAUGGACGGGACCGGUACCGUCGUCGAUCCUAUAGCCGGAGUCCACAACGGGAUUCACGAAGAGAUUCACGGAGAGAACGAGGCCGGUACAAUGAUCGUGAUCGACGAUAG